AUGAAGUUCUCCAGCACCCUCAUCUUCGCCACCCUGGCCCUGGCCGCCCCGACCCCCAUCAGCAUCCAGAACGCCGCUCUCGCCGCCCGGGCCGUCGUCGUCGAGUCCCCGGCCCACUUUGUCACCAGCGGCGGCGAUGAGCUCGCCCAGCGCGACCUGACCGCUACCGCCACCGCCGCCGAGAUCUACCGCCGCGAUCCCGAGCCGUCCAAGUUCGGCAGGUUCCUCAAGGGCGCCUUCAAGAAGCUCGGCAAGUUCGCCAUCAGCACCCUCAAGAGCAAGUUCGGUGGUGGCGGCGCGGCUGCCGCCGCCGGUGGUGGCGCCGCCGCGGCUGCUGGUGGCGCGGCUGCCGGUGGCGCGGAUGCUGGUGGCGCGGAUGCUGGUGGUGGUGAGGCCUCCGAGUAG